GGCUGUGACCCCUUGGCCCAAACCCAACGCAGCAAACUGCAGCAUCGCCGGGCCCGGAUCAACCAGCAGAUCAACAAGGAGAUGAGGAUGAGAGCUGGGGCAGAGAACCUCUUCAGGGCCACCAGCAACCACAAAGUCAAAGAGACAGUCGCCCUGGAGCUGAGCUACGUGAACUCCAACCUGCAGCUGCUGAAGGAGGAGCUGGAGGAGCUGAACAGCAGCAUGGAUGUCUACCAGAACGACAGUGAGUCCAUCAGCGUCCCCAUGAUCCCUUUGGGCCUGAAGGAGACGAAGGAGCUGGAUUUGUUGACACCCUUGAAGGAUUUCAUCAGUGAGCACUAUGGAGAAGAGGGCAUCUUGUUUGAGAAGGAAAUCCAAGAGUUCAUGGAGCUGCGGCAGGCGAUGCGCACCCCGAGCCGCAGCGAGGCCGGGCUGGAGCUCCUCAUGGAGUACUACAACCAGCUCCACCUCCUCGACAGCCGUUUCUUCCCUCCCAACAGGAGCCUGGGUGUCUUCUUCCACUGGUACGAUUCCCUGACGGGGGUCCCAUCCCACCAGAGGGCUCUGGCCUUCGAGAAGGGCAGCGUGCUCUUCAACAUGGGAGCCCUGCACACCCAGAUCGGGGCGCGGCAGGACCGCGCGGCCCUGCCCGGCCUCAACCAGGCCAUUGAGGCCUUCCAGAAGGCAGCUGGUGCCUUUAACUACUUGAAGGAGAACUUCUCCAACGCUCCCAGCCUGGACAUGAGCGCCGCCUCCUUGACCAUGCUGGUGCAGCUGAUGGUGGCCCAGGUCCAGGAGUGUGUCUUUGAGAAGAUGACCUUGCUACGUGCCCAGCACGACUUCCUCGCCCGCCUGCAGCUCGCCCAGGAGGCAGCAAAGGUGGAAGAUGUCUACUCGCUGGUCCACCAGACCAUGAGCCAGGCCCACGUGAAGGACUACGUUCCCUUCUCCUGGACCACCAUGGUCCACGUCAAGUCGGAGCAUUUCAAAGCCCUCUCCCACUACUUUGCUGCCGUUGCUCUUUGUGACUGCCCUGCAACCUCUGAUGCUGAACUGCCAGAGCAGGAGAAGGCUUUUCUCCAGUUCCAUGUCACCAUGCCAGAGGGACCAUCGCUCCGUGUCCUGCUGCAGGACCCUGAGGAGAGGAGGAAGCUGG